GUGGAGCCAUUGUGGAGAGGAGAGCUGAGAGGAGGAGAAUCUCCCUAACACACAUAUUGGUCAGACACGAUUUCAAAGUCAAUUUUCUUUGACCUUCUCUCUCCUUUCAGUGAAAUUUGGAAAUCUGUGGAGGAUAUCUGGCAGCAAGGAGUUUUUGGAUGACGGAGUGGGGUAUAAACCUGGACAAAGGGUGGCAGAACUUUUUUCUUAUGUUGGACUAACUAUCUGAGGAAAUCUGUUUUGGAGUAUAAUUCAGCACCAGGAACAGCUACGGAUAGAAGAAAUGGGACAUAGGAUGCCUGCCUGGGUUGUCAUUGGAAUACAUUAACAGUAUUUGCACUGGCAACAAUAAGGAGAGUGAGACAAUUGCCUGUUUAAUUCAUUGAUUUGAAUUCAUCUUCAUUUAUACUGGACUUCAGUAUAGAAAGAAAAGGGGGACUCAUAGUUGUGAAAUUGGAACAGUUUUUUAUCCAAAUAUUUCUUAUUGAGUAGAGAUUUGCUUUUGUAAAGAGAUCUGAUAAAACAGGUACCGGAGAGCUGGUGGUUAACCUGAUUUCCCAGGAGGUUUCCCCUCCUUACCUUCCCAGCUCCCCCCUGUCCCCAGCAGCAUGUCCCAGGCUGUGAGGCUGCUUCCAGACCUCCCCACACCACACUACCAUGACCAUAUGGACUGCUGGAGGGAGUGAGGCUGCCUCUGUCUGGGCCACCGCUGGGUCUGGUUUAAGGUCUGGCUCCGGGUCCAGGUUUACGUUUGGGUCUGCACUAAGGUCCAUCUCUUCCGUCCCAAGCCUGUCCCUCUCUCUGCUGCUAGCACUGCUGCUCUCCCUUUCCCUCCCCCUGGCUGUCAGCCACCAACCUCCCCACAGGGACAACCUCCAGCCCCCUAACGCUAGCCCCAACAGUGGCCUUAGGGCACCAGUGAACAGUUCCCUGGCUCGGGAUCAUUUGAGAAGGACAGGGUGUCUGCCAGGGAGACACGUACGCAGCUACAACCACCUGCAAGGGGAUGUGCGGCAGAGGAAGCUAUUCUCCUUCCAGAAGUUCUUCCUGCGGAUCGAUAGGAAUGGGGGAGUCAACGGGACCAAGAUCAAAGAUGACCCCCUCAGUAUUCUCGAAAUCACGUCGGUGGAUGUGGGGGUGGUGGCUAUCAAAGGGCUGGGCAGUAACCACUACCUUGCAAUCAGCAGGAAGGGAGAGCUGUACGGAGCGAGAGAGUUUGGAAUUGACUGCACACUGAAGGAGCGCAUUGAGGAGAACGGCUACAACACCUACGCCUCAGCUCAGUGGAGGAACAACAAGAGACAGAUGUUUGUGGGCCUGAGUGUCCAUGGGAAGCCCCUGAGAGGGAAGAAAACCCGCCGGAAGAACACAGCCACACAUUUCCUCCCCAUCAUGGUGUGAUGAUUAGGAGCGUUUUUCUGGGGAAGACCUUUGUGGAUUAGAUACAACAAACAACCUUUCAACUAACUGUGACAAUGUACUGGUAUCUAGACCAAGAGUAUCUGAAUUAAAGUACAUAGUAUUCUCUCUGUGAAGAUGACACAGAUGCUUCCUGCUUCCGACUUUGCUUGAGACGUUACGUUGGUUUGGGAGUGGACAGUGUUUUCUGUGGCACAGGGUGAAAUAAGAACCCUAUUCUGUGCUGAAUC